AACAAACCCGCAUGUAUUGUUUUUGUAUAUAUAUCUUACUUAUAUACUUGUACCGUAUUUUUCAUCAGUUAUGAUUUGGUUAUGAUCGUACAAAUAAACUCAUAGAGUGCGCCAAAAAAUACAAAUAUGCAUUUUUAACUGUACAGCUUUUGUUGUCAUUUUAACUGUGAUGUCAAUGUAUAAAAUAUAAUAUUUUUGUUUCGUUUAAAAUCAGUUCUUCCGGUUACUGUCCAAAAUGUUUAAAAUAACUGCUUUAAAUGAAAAAGCUUCUUCUGACAGUCAAAAAGAGUUUACUCAAUGUGUCAAUAAACAAUUUCAAGAGCAAAUUGCCCUUGAUGAAUAUAACAGAGCAAUACUGUUUAUCUCAAAAGGAAAGAAUGAAGUAGCUUAUUCCAUUCUUUUUGAUUUGUUGAAUACAAAAAUUUUUGAUUUAGUUCCAAGUGAUGUAGUUUGUGAUAAUGAACAUAAAUUUAUUCAUACACUGAAGUACUCGUGUUUCAAAAAUUUAGCUGCUAUACAGUCUAAAGAAGACAAUAAUUUCAGUGCAAUUCAAAAUUGUACCAAAGCUCUCAGUUUGGAUAAUUCAAAUGUUGAUAUGUGGUAUAAAAUUGGUUCUUUGCUGAUAAAAGUAUCAAAUAUUGGAGAUGGCUGUUUGGCUUUGAGAACUGGACUUGAGUUAAAUUUCAUGUAUUGGCCGUGUGUGGAUAAAAUAAUAUCAGUUUUGUAUGAAAUAUGUGAUUACAUAAAAUGUUUAAAGCUCAUCCUAUUUGCGUUAGAUAGCGAUUCUAGUUAUUCAAAAGGUAUUAUUUUGAAAAAUAAAAUGAUUCAGAUCAUGCCAUCAAUUACUGAAUAUUUGAAGGUUUUCAAUCAAAACUGGGUUAAUGAUAUUCCAUUACUCAAUACCAUUUUACACAUGCAGGUCAAUCAUUUAGAUAAGUUUGAAUCUAAUACUGAAAAUUUUUUUAAAUCAUCUCAACAUUUAAAAAAAAAAUCUGAGCUAUCAGUAUGUAUUCAGUUAUUAAUGAAUUCUAAUUCUUUGUUCAAAGUAGGAAAUUGCUUAUUGCAGAUUUAUGAUUUAUGUAUUAGAAUGAAGUUGAACAUAUUUAGCAAAAUUUCAUUCCAAAUAGUAGAAGAAAUUGUUGAAACAAAUUUAACUAACUCAAAGUCAAUAGAAGUAGAAGACAAUUUGGAAGAAUCUAAUCCUAGUCACACGACUAGUCAAAGUACCAAUCAACCAGAGGAAGAUGAAAAAGCUGAAUGUCUUAAAACUGAUGAAGAGCUUGUUUCAAAAAGUGAUUCCAACUCACUGAUUUGCAGUACUUCAGUUCAAGAAAGUAAAUCAAAACCUAAAUUAAAAAAAAGGCGCCGUAGUUCAUUAUCAAUUCUAACAGAAUGGGCUUGGAGUAGUGAUUCAAAUAAAAGGAACAGAAAUAAGAUAUCUAAUUGUACAGAAAGUGAAGGUCAAUAUUUUUUUGAAGAAGUUCUUAAACAAAUUCUUCCAGAUGACUUGUUGAUAACGGAAAAAAAUUCUUGCUCUGAAAAUAGUUUUGAUCAAACAAAAGAAAAAGUGAGCGCUGAAAAUUUUUCGUCUGUGCAAUUCGUCGAUCAAAUAACUUCUGAAGAUUUUGAUUCAUUGACGAAUGAUUUAAGUAACUCGAAAAACUACGAUGAACAUUCUGACGUCAAAAAAUAUUUGAACAAUCUUUCUACAUGUAGCCUUGUACAUGCAAUAUUGAAGUUUGUCAAAUUCAUUGGUUCAAAAUGGAAUCAAAAGUUAUCUUAUGAACUAUUAGAUGUUGCUGUGAACUUGUAUACAUUGCUGAGAAAUCAUAUUCCCGUUUACAGUGUUUUUAUGAAUUUGAAAAAUGAUUCGCUAUUUAUCGAUCCCUUGACGAUUUUAUUUUUUUGUGAAUUAUAUGCAGAUAAUUGGUUGUCAUUCAAAUUAUCUCGACCAACUACUUGCAAUAUGUCAUGGAAAUCUGGAAUUAGCAGUGAAGAUUUCGGAGUAUUAUUAUCGAAUUUGCAUAACGUAUCCAUUGAUUCGAACUACGAUGAACAUUUUUUUAAUGUGAGGCUUCUUUGGUUGCAAGGGCAUGUCUUUCUUUAUACUGGUUACUCUGAAAAGUCUCUCCGUAUAUUUGAAUAUCUUUUUAGUGUGGUUCAACAACAAAAGAAAAAAGACUCUGAUUUUUCUUUAACUUUGCACAAUUGUCAUAAUAAUCAAACUAUCAGUGAAGAAACUUUACUGGAAGUUUUGACAUGUAUUAACAGGAAAAAGAAAUUGUUGCUCGUUAAAAAAUAUUACGACCAGAAACAAUAUCUUGAAGCAGUACAACUCUUGAAAGACACAUUCGAAUUUGAACAUCAUUCCAAAUCUCCUGUAUUUCAAGACCUUCCAUUACAACGUCAAGAACAUUUAUAUCUACUGUUAGAGUGCUUGUGGCACCUUCAAAACUUUCAGGAUUGUUGCCGUUGGUCUGAAAAAAUCUUCAAUGAAUCAUGGCACAAGUAUAUGAAGCUAACAACUAAGUCAUCAUGCAAUAUAAAUGGGGAGCAUCAAAUUCAAAUGUGGAUAAAAGUUAUUUUAAGUUCUCUUGAAAAAUUGAACAAUUGUAUACUGGAGCGGUCUUGUUUUAUCGUGAGUUAUAUGGAAAAAAUGCAACGUCGUCGUUUAAUGCAAAAUUUAAUUCAACUCAUAAGUUAUCAAUUAUAUCAAGAAGAAUUGGGGUCAGAGCUUAAAGAAUCAACAUUACCUUGGAUACUAGUACAUUUCAUAUUACAAAGUGACGAAGACAAAAAAAAUCGAAAGUUAAUUGAUCAUUCUAAUAGAAAAUCUAGCUCUUAUCGUAAUGUUGAUAUUGACAUAUGUUUACCAGCAUCAAUACAAAUAUUAUUUAAAGCCCACGAAUUAUUGGGACACUACGGUAAAUGUUGUAUUAACGAUGGAAAAUUACUGAAAUUCAUACUACGAACCAUAAUUCCUAAAUACAACUCUCCAUUGUUCUCAUCGUUAAAAUCAAACCUUAAACAACCCGUGGAGCAAAUAUUUUAUUGCUUAUAUGGGCAUAGACAUAGAUCACCGAACAGCCGUUCGAAACAAAAAUAUCUUACAGAUCAUGUUAAAAAUCAUCAAGAUUUCUCGUGGGAAGCAUGUCAAUUGUUAUUUGAAUUUUAUAAACCAGAAAAUUGGCCUGACUUCCAUUCUAAACGUUCUGAUUCUAUAAGUUCUGAUACAGCAGUACUAUUUCAAAAAAUGUGUGAAUAUUUACCAUCUAAAUCUAACCCUAAAGAUUCAGAAGAUCAAAUGAAGUCUUAUCUAGAAGGUUCUUCAGACAACUUGCCACAAAUAAAUGAAAUAUGUUUGGAUCGGAUAACAUACAUGUAUUAUUUGAUAGCGGAUUAUUACUUUAAGACAUCUUCAAAUCAAAAUUGGAUUCCUGCCAUCAAGUAUUACAUCCUUGAUUUAUGUAUUCAUCCUAAUGAACCUAAUUCAUGGGCUGGAUUAGCUAUGUCAAUCUCUACUCUUUUAGAACAUUGGAUAAAUAAUUUUCAGCCGUGUUUAAAUGAAGAUGUUUAUUUAAAAAAAGCUGUAAUGGCAGAAAGAAGCUUUUUUCAUGCAACUGAUUUAUCCCCAUCGAAUUUAACUAUAUGGGCUGAAUUCGGAACUUUUCUCUAUUCUGUACAUUCUUUUUGUUCACGAUUGUUAAAACAAGAAAGUGAUUCUCUAGAUAUAAACAAAUUUGAAACUUAUGAAUCACGAAAAGAAAAUAUGCUUAAGGAAGCGAAACGAUGUUUCAUAAAAGCUCAAAAUAUUUAUAGUAAAAGUAGUGAUUCAGAUGACUUUCAAGAUGAAAGGUGGUUGUAUCAAUACAUGCUAGGAAAAGUUGCUGAAAAAAAUAAAGAAGAACCAAAGACAUAUCUGGAACAUUAUAUAAUGGCCCAUGAGUUAUUACGAAUUAAUAAUGCCGAAUAUCCACAACGCAUAAGUCAUAAAAAUCCUCAAAAUAAUGCUGUUGAAGCUUUGGAAAUAAAUUAUAGGAUUUAUGCAAGCAUAUUAAAGUUUAUAGAAGAAAAUGAUACGAAACCUAUUAAAAAGAGUAAUGGAAUUUUAUUCGAAAAUGCUAUACGUGUAUGUGCCAGACUUGGUAAUUUUGAAGAAUAUUCUUUUGUAAAUAGAACGACGAUUCCGAAAAAUAAACGAAAAUCACAGAAUCAAGAUCAGUCAUCAAAGUCCAAAAAAAUUAAGUUGGCAAAGACAGAUUCAGAUGAAAUACAUUUACUUUUGAACGAUGUUCUGGAUAAAGUUUGUAAUGAGGGAUCAUUAAAUUUAGAUUCUCAUCAAAGUUCCAAUUGCAAUAAUAAAACAUAUACUGAGUUUGAAAUUGAAGAAACUCUUAAUAAGUGUGCGGAUGGAGAAAAUAACAAAAUUAAUCAAGUUUAUAGUCCAGAUAAUAGUGGUGAUAACAGUUCUAGCAGUAUAUUAUCUAACUCAUCAGGUUCUAGUGAUAACACAAUUGAGCUUAGUAAAGAUCAAAAGAUGAUAGAAAUCGAAGAUGAUUAUUUGAAUAAAAUUGAAAUUGAUAAAAUUGUUGAUGGGUGUUUGAAAGGUUUAGAAAUGUGUGCAUUAAGAUUUCCAGAACAUUACAAAUCAAUUUACAGACUUGCUUUCUUUUAUUUCAAUAGUAAAUCAAAAAAAAAUAUGCAAACAAGUAAAAAACUAUUACUCAACACAUACGAGUGUCAAUUUCAUCCUAACAAAACUAUUAAUGGACUAUUUGCAGAGCGUAAAAGCUCCAAUUUUUUCAAUGGAAUAUGGAGAAACCCUGUUGGUGACAUCGAUAGACCUGGCAGUUUUCCUUCUCAUAUGUCAAGGUGUAUAAUUUUACUUAUGGAGGUACUGAAAGAGAGUAAUGAUAAUAAAAUUUUAAUGGACUUAUUUGUCCAAUUACAAAAAAAUCCGGAAGCUGACAAAAAAUACAUUAAAGACGGAGAAAGGCAACAAUUGGCUUUUCAAGCUUUAACACUAGCUCAACAAUGUUUGCGUACAAAACUCAAAUCGCUACAAAUCAGAUCUAGUCCUGAAAAUCUUAGCUAUUCAUUAAUGAAAAAUUUACACGAAGAAAAGAACCAAAUUUUAUUGGAUAUUUAUCAAACUGAACAAAUUUUGAAAAAUAUUCAAGAGUACGAAAAAUCAGAAUAUCAAAAAGUGCGCAAGUUGCUCGAAGAAGCAUAUCAGCUAUUUAUUAGUUCGAAUGGCACUUUUGAAAAUGCUCGAGAGUAUUGUCGCACACUGCUAAGAAAUAAUAAACUUAUGAGUCAUAAUAAUACAAUGUCGAAGGAUAUUGAUUUUCAUAAAUAUUACCUGGAAAGCUCUACAGUUCCGUUGCCUCUAUCUUAUAAUUCUCAAAAUUAUGCAUUCGAUGAAAAAGCUUCAAUUUACAAUCAGUAUUCUGCUUCUGAUGUAAAAUACAUGAAUCGAGAUUAUCAACAAGCGUGCCCACCAAAUCAAAACUCUAUUUCGAAUUAUAGAUCAACAUUUUUUGCAGAAAAUUUUCCCCAUUCUUUGGAAAAUGUACAUUCAAUCAAUAAUUCUCAAGUUGAUAAAUUAAUGAUUAAUACUGAAGAAAAUCUAGUGGCACCUCAUAUUUAUUCUGCUAAGAAUUUGAAUUCUAUAUAUUCAGUCAAUCAAGGAUUUGAUUCAUUCAUUGACAAGAACAUUACAGCUGAAAGCUUAGGAAGCUUAAAUUUGAAGCAAGACAAAAAAUUAGUAAGUGCUGAUAAAAAUGCAUUUAGUCGUGAAAAUACAAUUGUAAAAGAAGAAAAUAAUGUUUCGAUUGAACUUCAACAAAUAAGAAAUACUCAAAAUGCAAAUAGCACUUUCCAACCUCCAGAUAAUAUUCCAAAUAAUUCUGAAAUUGAGGAUUCGAAAAAAGAAACUGUUGAAAUUAUAACCUUAGAUGAUUGAUGAACCUUGUACAAUUAGAAAAUUUUUCAAUUUUACUCCCUAUAAUUCCACUCAAGUGAUAUUUUGUUGAUAAAUGUUAUGAUUUCUCGCUAAAAAAAUGUUUUAAAUUAAUCAAUAUUGUCAUUUUACGUGAAAGCGUCUAAGUAUAAAUAAAAAUUAUUUUUGUUAUAACUGCA